AGAGGAAAGUGAACUGUAGGCAAUGGUUCAAAAACAACAUUUCUUACUUGUUAUAAGUACAGUGUUUGGUGAUGAGAAUCACUGAUUAACUUUGGAACAAAUUUUCAUGAAAAAAGCUACAUUUCACUCAUAUCAAGAGCAUCAUCAGGUUGAAUAUCCAAAGGUCAAUCUGUUGGUUGAGCAGUGAAUGAUUGUCAAUCUGUGAAAUAAAACAAAAACAACAAAAACAGUACUACAUACAAUAUCUAGAAACCAAUUUACUUGGCUCAAGGAUGUUUAUCUUAUACGUCCUUGCUUGGCUUUACGAAUUUAUUUAGAAAGUAAUUUGCAACUGGUUUAUCAAACCAGUUAAAAUUUAUCAUGGACUUCAUUACAUAUUGAAUUACACUGAACAUUCACAUGAAACAAAACCAGAAGAUGCUGUUACAAACCCAUCAUGAUAAAAUCAUGGUUGUGUAAAUGACAAGGAGAGAAGUGAGAAGGAUGGCUUUCACAUUAUCACUGCCAUCAUAUGUACAAACAUGCAAGUUACUAAAUCUAGUACUAUACAUCUCCAACUUUAGUCAAUGGGAGUAUUUAAAAACAUACAUGGAUGAUAAUGAAAAAGUCAAGAGCAUAUUUGUGUGAAUGGUUGAGUGUAAUUGGGUGAAGAUCUAUCUAAAUAUCUAAAUAUUGACAAGUUAAAGUCCACGAUUUGUUCAAUUUUUCAAGUGAAAGCACAUAUAAUUAAGUAGGAAAUUGAACGGAGAUAAUAACAUUUGAAAAAGCAUCAGGUAACCCCGAAAGGAAAUUAUCUGCACAGUGUAAAUUAUCACACAGAUAUAACACAGCAGAAAACCUGAAAUUAGUGACCUGAAAAGGUGUGCUAUCCACAAAAAUACAAAUGAAUCAUACUUUUAAAUUUCUUAUAUGAACAGAUAAAAAUCACACUGUUCCAUAGCAGAGGGAAGACAUUUCAUUUCUCUCUGCACCUUCUUUGAAUUCUGUAAGAAUUUUGUUUCUUAACAGGAUCAUCUUAAGUGGUCCAAAUUCUUGGAGUUUUGAUAAAAUCAAGGGACUCUCAGCAGAAUUGGAGCAGACCUGGGAGUGUGGUGCUGCAAUAAUAAUAAUAAAAAACUGAUAAAACUUGCCCACACAUUUUUUCUAGUUGUUUCCUCUAAAAUUCUGUUGAACAAGUCUAUUGCACAACAGUACAAUUUCAACAUGUUUUAGGAGUUACUUAAAUGAUGCUUUUCCCCACCUUUCACGGAUUCUUGCACAUUUCUACUCUUUUAUGAUGUCUGGCAGAGCAAUAAGCCUCAUAUAAGCCAUCAGAUUAUUCCUAUAAGUUAGUACUUGCAUCUCGUUUCUGUGUAUAAUGUACAACAGACUGCAAAGUUAGGUGGUGAUGUACUCUUAUCAAAUAAUAAGUCUUCUUUGUUCAAGUUGUUCAAAUAAAGACCAGUUUUUCCCCUCUUUGAAGAGGCCUGUUUUAGAACAGUACUAAAAGGGUGUUUAACAGAACACUACACGAUGGUAACUCUGAAAAUGUGAAGAAAAAAAGGACUCAUUUACGCCUCCCUGCACAUUUUAAAUGCAUACAAAUAUGUGCAGGAUCAAAAUGAGUAAAGAAAGCAAAAAAAUGUACAGGAGAUGCUUAGCAGAACAAUACAUGUAAAGGUAUAAAUCUGAUAUGUUGGGUAAACAGUGUGCAAAAACAGGAGUGUUUCUUUUGGCUUUGAAUACCAGGCCUUCUACUGGAAGCCAGCUACAAAUAACAGAAUUUAAGGUUGAGUAAACCAAGCAUAAUUACUGACAAUACAUUAAGAAAAUCUGGUUUUCUCCUAUCCAACAAGACCAGGUCAUACCAUCAGUUUGGGAUGAAUCAUAGAUUCCAAGUAUUGCAAUCCUGGUUUCAAUUCAGAAAGAAGAACACAUGCAAAAUGGAAAUGUGAUGUAAUUGGCAAGAAGCAUGGCUGCACAAGGGAAGAAAAAUAAUGAACAAAAUCAUGCAGAUUCAAUUUUUGACAACUGAACCUCAUGCAUCCAGCAUGUGGAGGCAUGUGAUCUUGCUUUUCUACCUCACUACACUGCUCUCCAACACUGCCACUGCCAGCAAGUGCCCUGUACCAGAACCAUGUGUCUGCCAGAAGAGAGUCACAGACAAGGGGGUGGAGGCAUGGGUCAUCAAUUGUCAGAGGAAAAGGAUUUCCCCUUUUGUUCCACAGCUCCAAUUAACCAGCAAUAAUGUGGUAGAUGUGCUGGAUCUCAGCCAUAACAUCAUAACACAUGUGAGGAACAGCCCUUUUAUGGGUUUGCAACUGCAGAAGCUGGAUUUAUCAUACAAUAUAGAGUUGACCCUGUCCGGCUCGGCAUUCACAGGUUUAGAGGACUACAUAGAAGAAAUAAGCAUUGAUCACUGUGGAAUACAAGAAAUCCCACAGAGGACAUUUCAAAAUUUGCGAAAACUUCAACGAUUGUCUAUGUCGUACAACUGUUUUCACACAAUCUCAGGUAAUGCAUUCAUUAACACAAACCUAACUCUCCUGUCAAUGACCAAGAACUGCAUUGACACCAUAGACCCUCUUGCAUUCGUAAGCUUAGAGAACAGCCUAGAACAUUUAUACCUCAGUAACAAUGGCAUCAAACUGAUGCCCUUUGGGGCCUUAUCCAGGCUGAACAACAUAAAAGUAUUAGACCUAAGUGGGAAUAAAAUUAAGGGAGUAUAUUUCAAACAGAAUUUAACCCAUGCAGGUCUCAAGAGCCUUGUUUCUUUGUCUCUGGAUGGAAACCAAAUCACUGCAAUAUUUGUAGGAACGUUUCAGCUUCUUGAAAGUCUCCAACAUCUGAACCUAGAUCAUAACAAGAUUACCAGUAUCUCUCCUAUGGCUUUUCAUGGUCCAAGACAGUUAAAACACAUAUACCUCCACAACAAUCAGAUCAGAACCCUGCCAACAACUGCCUUUUAUGGCACAGAGACCAGUCUUCAGCAUUUAAGCCUUGGUAAAAAUCUGUUGGACUGCAAGGUUUUUGAUUCCUUGGAGUCACUAGAAGUGCUGCAAUCCCUCCAUCUUCAGUCCAACCUUAUUGAUAGAGUACCUAAGGACGGAAUGGGGAGAUAUGACAAAAUAGUCAUGACGCUCAACCUUGCAAACAAUAAACUUGAUAAACUUCCCAGGCGUUUCUUGGCAACCUUCAAGCAACUCAAAGAAUUGGAUCUAUCACAAAACAACAUGAGUAGCAUUGUAUUUGAGCCACCUGGAGAGCACAGUUAUCAGCUGAUCAAGCUCAAGCUGACUGGCAUGGGUUUGAAGGCACUGCCUGCAGGUUUAGUACAUUUGGUUAACCUGCAGGAGUUGUAUGUAGCACACAACCUGCUUGCAAGCAUACCACAAAGUCUGUGGACUAGUCUAUCAAAGUUGAGAAAAUUGGAUCUGUCAGACAACAUCUUUGAACAAAUUCCAGUAGAAUUCUUACAAAAUCAUCAACUUCUUUCGGAGAUCAAAAUGUCAAAUAAUAAAUUAAGGGCAGUCCCUGCUUAUGUUUUCAAAAACCAAAGUCAACUGAAAACAUUGGCUCUGAAAGGCAAUGAGAUCCAACUCUUGGAGCCUCGAUCAUUCUACGGCCUUGAGAACUCCCUCACUAGUUUGGAUAUAAACCAUAACAAUCUCAAACAGCUGCCUCAGUGCAUAUUUGAAAGGCUGUCAAAAUUAUCUGUGUUCAGCUACUCACACAACCCACUGCAGUGUGACUGUGGGCUGGCGUGGCUGGUGGCAUACCCAGACACCCGCGCCAGGUGUGUGACACAAGUUGGUGGUAGGAACCGCGUGAGGAAAGUCUCCUCAUUCAUUGUUCACAGGUGCAAGUACAGUGACAAUGCAUCCAGAUGUAACAGCACAACUACCACAAUCAUGCAAUCUGCUACUGUCUCACCCAGCAAAACAUUUGAUACAGGACCUUGGAAAGGUUUUUCACUGGCACCUGAAGAGAAGUCUGAGCAAAGGAGAGAGCCAAACUACCCUCACAAGGAUGCCUCAACUGUGUACCUUGCCUCACCAGGGGCUAUAGUGGACUCUUCUAAACUGUCUCUACAAGUUCUACCUCACUCCAGUUAUUCACAUUUAUCCUGGAAAGUCCACGGGGCCUAUCUGGCCGAGACCCAGGGAUACAAAAUCACAUACAGACUGUUUGGAGAGAAAGAAGUCCGUGGCUACCUCUUAGAUGGAAACACUAUCACUCAGUAUAAUAUAACAGGACUGACCCCUGGGCAUCAUUACUUGGUGUGUGUGACCACCCGGACAAGGAAGCCCCCUAGUUAUCAUGCCUGUGAAGAGGUUGUGACUGGCUCAGGCUCAUAUGGCAGUCUCUCUGGCCUAGCCCACCAUAGGUACACCUUCCUUUAUAUGUGUAUUGCAUUGGUGGUGGUGUGUGUGGCACUGACUGCAGUACUGAUGGUCAUGUGCUGUAAGUGGAGGAGGAAGAAAAAGAAAGAUGUCUUGACGAAGGUAUAAAUGGACCUUGUGCCUGUGUGUUUGAAGAGCAUGCAUUGACUCCAACUGAUAUAUGUUGGAUCAAGUUCGUCACCAAUUUUGAGACGAUUGACAUGUAUAUUAAAGAAAAGAUGAGAAAGGCAUGCCAUCAUGAACAGUGGCAAUUGUAUAUCUAAAAAAGUAUUUUCAGUUAAUGUAAUUUGUAUUUUGUUGUAAGUUAAGUCCAAAUCAAUAAUUUAAUUUAUUUUAUUAUUUGCACAGAUUAAAAUCUUCUAUCCCUGAAUUUGAGAUCUGAUAAAACAUCAUAUUGGCCACUGGCAUCAUCCUCAAACAUGCUACUGACCAAUGAUAUAAUCACCAAUUUUAGACCAAUCUGAGAAAAGGAAAUGCCAUCAAUCAGCCUACAGCAAUGUUGGAAAGCUGCAGCUUUUGAUUUUAUUUAGGAGGACAUUGACAUUCAGCCAUUGAAUAACAUAAAAUAAUCAUGGACUUUCGCCCUCAUUCAUGUUGUUUUGGCUUACAAGGUGAUAUCACUUUAAAAAACUGUUUGCGAAACAACAUUAACCUCAUCUGAAGUCUGUAAUUGUACACAUUUUCUAGCCAUUAAUAAUGUAAGUCAAGCUGUUGUCAAAUUCAAAGUAAUUUGGUUUGUGUCAUUAAUGAUGUUGUAAAUAGUCAUUGUUUCCUAUAAACUGAAAGGUAAACAAAAUGUAGCUUUUUAUUUUGUUUCUUGAAAAUGACUUUAUUUUCACUCUAGGCUUU